UUUUAAUGCAAGGAAGGAAGCGUUUAGCAAAAGUGGAAAUUGAGCAAUUUCGAAAGAAUUUGUUUGUGGACGACUGGGACGCCGGGUGGAUGCGCAACGAUGAGUGUCCAUAGUUGUAUGAGUAUUUUCCUGUUCGGUACCAACGUAUUAGCAGGUCUACUAGUGACGGCCCUUGCCAGUGAGGUUGGUACCAGCUCGACCGCGCUGCUUCACAAACUGCCGAUUGCGCUUCCCACCACCGAAACACCACCGUACGGUGCACCACGGCCACUACCACCCCAUCGGGGGAUACCGUACGAUGAGGGUGACCCCGGUCCGGGCCGUCCCGGGGACAUCAUCGCCGACAGUAAUGCCUUCGUUGCGGCCGACAUUAUUAACCUCGACCGGGACGGUGCGGUUAGCUUUAUACCGCGCCGGGACCUACGGUACCAGCGUGCCGUACCGCCGGAGUAUGCCGGUGCGUCCGCGUUGCCCCACUGCGAAACCUUCACGAUGGGCGACCCGGACUCGAAAACGCUGUACAACCCGGGCUGGCCGGGCAACUAUCCGAACAACAGUGAUUGUGUGGUGGUGCUGGAGGCACCGGUUGGCUUUCUGGUACGGCUUGACUUCCGGGACCACUUUCACAUCGAACCGUCGGAGGAGUGCAAGUACGACUUUCUCGAGGUCCGUGAUGGAGCGCACGGAUUCUCGACGCUGAUCGGCAAGUACUGUGGUCAAACCUACCCGCCCAUGAUCACCUCGAAGGAACGGUUCCUGUGGUUGCACUUUCACUCGGACGAGAACAUCGAGUACAAUGGGUUCGUCGUGGUGUAUGAUUACGUGCCGCGACCCACUUCGUCAAUCUACGAUGACGAAAGCUGCCGCAUGGAGGUGUCCGGAAUGGAAGGGUUCGUAAACCGUACGGAUGUGCCACGCGAAAAGCAGCAAACUGUGAUCGAACACGGCCUAUCGCUCGACUGCAUGUGGGUCGUUACGGUGGCGGAUGGGUGGAAGAUUCAACUGUCCUUCCUGAAGUUUAAGCUGGAACGACCGAAUGAUUGCGAAAGCAACUUCGUCGAUGUGUUCACCGAACGGACGGAUCUACCCUCGAGACUGAAAAACUUUUGCGGCUCCAUCGCAGACUCGGUCGUAUCGCGCUCGAACGUUCUGCACAUCCGCUUCUUCGCGGAAGCGGCCGCCAUUAAUUCCACCUUCUCCAUCCUCUUCACUGCAUUUAGGGAGAAGGCGGCCGGCGAAACGUGCGAUGACACGGAGUACGACUGCGAGGAUGCGACCUGUAUUUCCGGCGAGCUGCGAUGCAACGGGCGUAUCAAUUGUCGGUUCCGGUGGGAUGAGGAUGAGUGUCAGAAACAAGCGGCCGCCCAAUCGGAGCACGUCAUCAUCAUUGUGAUUGUCUUCGGGCUCAUACUCGGCGGCAUGAUACUGCUGUUUCUGUUCAACUGCAGCCGCAAGAUUAUACGCGACCACAAGAUUAUCCGCGAGCACAUCCGCCAGUCGCGGGAAAGCAAGCUGAACGAGCUCGGGCGCCAUUCGACGAAAAAGCUGGUCGAUCUGGACAUUACCAAGCUGCCACCGCCCGCCUUCGACAAGGAUCCGAUCAAUGUGCUCGAAAGCAGCAGCACGACCAACGUGAACAAUGGACAAUAUUAUCGCGACAUGGGCAUCGGCAGUGUCGGUGGGGGUAGUGCCGGCAGUGGGGGUGGGACGGCCGGACCGCACAUGUUUAGCAGCCGGAUAGACAUUAAGGCGGACCCGCAGGAUGUGCUGCGGGGCAGCUAUCACGAGGAUCCGCUGUCUCGGUCCGGCACGCUGGGGCGCGAUGGUGGCGGCAUGUGCGAUAUGGCGUGUCAGACGAGGGAAUCGCUCUUCCAACCAGUCUUUAAAAAUAAGGUCAAUCAAUCGCCGAAUCAGCUGCAGAACAGCAUACGCUUCUCGACGUUCGGGUACGAAGCGCAACAGCAGCAGGAGCAGCAACAACUACCGGCUGUCACACCCCCACCGCCAAGGGUGAAACAUCACCAUCAUCAUCAUCACCAUCACCAUGCCGGUGGUACGCUCGAAGGAACGAAAGGCUCCAAGGUGAAUCGUAUCGAGCUGGAGGACCUAUCACCGCCCGGUUCGGGCGGGUACGAGGACCGUGGGGACGAGAUGCAGCAACAGCUGCAGCAACAUGGCCACCCGCCCGGUCAACAUGGUCACUCGCACGGCCAUACGCACACGCACCAGCAUCAUCAUCCACAUACGCUACAAAAGAUAGCCCACGAGCGAAACUUGACUGAGACCGGUGUUGGUCCCGGUGCGGGACGACCUGGCGGCGGUGGUGGGGGUGGUGGAGGAGGCGGAAGUGGUGGUGGAUCCUAUGGUGCCGAUAUCCGGAAGUCGGCACCGGACGUCAUCAUCAUGACCUCCUCCCAUUGAC